AUGAAUGUUGGUGAAAUUAGAACAUUUGAUGAUAAUUUCACAAGAUGGUCGCAAAAUGAUGUUUUUUUCAACUCCCAUCUUCAUACUCAAUCCGAUGGCAAUAUCUCAAUAAGUACCUCCGCCACCGACGGCACUUCAUCAACUGUCUACCGCCAGAUUUCAUACGAGCUUCAUCAAAUCCAGUCUCCACAACCUUUGGCUGUUACUGAAGGUCAUAAACUUUACCAUAGCUUGAGAGCUGUUCAUAUAGCUGCAAUAUCCCUAUGUGUAAUAUUUGGAACUGGUUUGUUGAUUGGUACAUCUAGAUCUUUACAUACUGCAGGUCCAGCUUCAUUAUUAAUUGCCUUUAUUGUUAUGGGCUUUGUAACCAACGAAGUAAUGAACUCUCUAUGUGAAAUGGCAACCUAUAUUCCAAUUCCUAAUGCUUAUUCCGGCUAUGCCUCAAGGUAUCUUCAUCCUUCAAUCGGGUUUUCUCUCGGCUAUUGUUAUUUAAUUAGCAAUUUAAUUAUAACUCCAAAUCAAUUAACUGCUGGUGCUGUAGUUAUUCAAAAUUGGAUAGAUAGAGACACCAUUAACCCUGCUGUUUGGAUAACAAUUUUUUUUCUAAUUGUUUCCUUUGUAAGUACUGUUAGAAUAGGAAAUUUUGCUAUCUAUUCAACCAUUAUCAUCUUGUUCAAAUUUCUUGUCCUCCUGGGUUUCCUCUGCUUUUUAUUUGUUUUAAUGCUUGGGGGUCAGCCAAAUAAUGAUAGAAUCGGUUUCAGAUACUGGAAAAACCCCGGUGCUUUUGCUCCAUAUUCAGAAUCAAUAGAUGGCUCUCUUGGUAACUUCACCUCCUUUUUAUCAGUUCUAGUCAAUGCUUGUUAUUCCUAUCUUGGUGCUGAGACUUUUGUAGUCACAAUUGGUGAAGUAGUUUAUCCAAGAGUCAGCAUUCCUAAAGCAAAAAAACUAAUAGCUUAUCCAUUGUUUUUUUUCUAUUUUUCUAUCAUCUUGUUGAUUGGGUUAUGUAUUCCUUACAAUGAUCCAAAACUCGUCAAUGAAAAACCCUAUUCCAGCCCUAUAGUGGUUGCUAUAAAAAAUGCCUCAAUUCCUAUUUUGCCUCAUAUAUUCAACGGCUGCAUACUUGUUUUUGUCAUUUCUGCCGCCAAUGCAUCUUGCUAUAUGGGAGCUCGUAUUCUUUAUGGCCUAUCUGUCUCCGGGGAUACUUUUGAAUUAUUUUCAAAGACUAAUAAACAUGGUAUUCCAAUUUAUAGUUUAAUAACAAUUUCUUGUUUCAAUUUACUUGCUUAUACCAAUAUUGGAAAGGAAUCAACACAAAUUUUUUCAUAUUUUGUUGAUGCUUCUGCUUCUUUUGGAUUAAUCCUAUGGGAUUGUAUUUUAUUAACUCAUAUUUUUUUCAUCAAAGCUUGUAAAGUACAAGCCUUUGAUAGGGAAUCCGAGUUUUGUUAUCAUGCACCAGGAUCACCAUAUACAACUUGGGUUGCAUUUAUAAUUUGCAUCAUUGUCACUUUUAUAACAAAAUUCACUGUUUUCAUUGACACCGCUAAUGGAUUUGAUUAUACGUCGUUUAUAACAGGUUAUAUUGGUAUUCCUGUUUUUUUGUUAAUAUGUCUUGUCCAUAAAUUGAAGUUUUCAACAUCAUUUGUUGAACCAAUAGAAGCAGAUCUAUAUUAUUAUAAAGAUUAUGUUGAUGCUGAAGAAGAGGCGUAUUUAAAAGAAAUGCAGAAAAAAAGAGAAAUCCAAGAAAGUAAGCCAUCAAGUAGAUUUGAAAUGUUUAAAAGAAGAUUAUCGAGAUUAUUAAAUGAAUAG